AUGUCUGCUUCCACUUAUAAGGACGAGGCUGGCAAUCUGGUCGUUCCCUGCCUUAUUGACGGAAAGCCAGUCAUCCAGCCCUCGGCAAGAAACAUCCCUGUUUACGUUGCUGCGGAAGAACGCGUCCUGCACCAUGGACAGUCUGCCACUCCCGAAUUGGCUGCCCGCGCCAUCGCCUCAGCCGGUGAAGCCUUCAAGACAUUCAAGAGGACUCCAGUCGACGAGCGAUACCACAUGUUGCUGAAGGCGGCUGAUAUCUUGGAAACCAAGGUCGAGGAGGGUGCUAAUCGUCAAUCUGCCGAGACCAGUGCUACCAAGACGUUUUCGCUCUUCAACGCAAAGCAGUUGCCCAAGAUCUGCCGCGAGAUCGCUGGUGCCAUGAAAACCACUCUCGUCGGCGAGAUCACUCCUACCCUGACGGGUAACCACCAGAUGGUCUUCAAGGAACCUGUUGGAGCUGUUCUCCUAAUCAUGCCAUGGAACGGCGCGCUCGCUCUACCUUGCCGAGGCAUCUCCGCCGCGCUCGCUGCGGGAUGUACGGUUGUCUUAAAGGCAUCUGAGCUCUGUCCCUGGACUCACUACCACCUCGUUGAGACAUUCUUGGAGGCCGGGUUCCCUCCAGGUUCGGUGAACAUGAUCAUGUCGGAGCGUACGGAGGCACCUGCUGUGACAGAAGCAAUCAUUUCCCACCCGUCCCUCGCCAAGAUCGAGUUCAUCGGAAGCGCUCCCGUCGGAAAACAGAUUGGUGUCGUGGCGGCAAAGUACUUGAAGCCGGUCAUCAUGGAGUUGGGCGACCAGAGCCCCCUCAUUGUACUUGACGACGCAGACUUGGAAAAGGCUGCCCGGGACGCCAUCGCCGGGUGCGUCGCGUGCCACGGCCAGCUUUGCUUCGGGACGGAACGCAUCAUUGUGCAGAGGGGUGUUAAGGAUAAAUUCUAUGAGCUGCUCCGGGCUGCUCUUGCAAACGCCCCGCCCAUGGGAGCGGCCGUCACAAAAUUCUAUGCUGAGCGAGCCAAAGGCUGGGUCGACGAAGCUGUCCAGAAGGGCGCCGAGUUCCUUGCCGGGAAGAGCGAGUGGACUGGGCCGGCGUCGUUCACUCCUUCGGUCUUGAUCAACUUGCCUAAGGACUGCUACCUGUACGACAACGAGGGGUUCUGCCCGACCAUGUUCGUCGUCGAGGUCGACACUGACGAAGAGGCUACUCUCGAGGCCAACUCUCGUGAGGGUGGCCUGUCUGCUUCCGUUUAUACUACCAACUGGGAGCGUGGUCUCAACAUGUCCAAGAGUCUUGAUUUCGGUAACGUGCAGAUCAACCUCCAAACCAACCAGGUUGAAGCGGCGGGCCCUGUUACUGGAUGGAAAGCCAGUGGAUACGGAAGCGGGUUUGGGCGAUACAGCAUUGAGGAGUUUAUACAUCUCAAGACUGUUGCCUUUGGACCAACAAGCUCUAAUCAGUUGAGCAAUAGUCAACAA